AAAAACCAACAGUCAUGGACAAAGUUUUGUCCCCAAGGCAGUCUCUACGAUGAUCGCAAAAAAAACUUAACAGCCAGACGGUUAGGAUCUAGGAAAACAAUAUCUGUAAAGCACAUUGUCCAUAUUUCCACUAUUCUAAACGUUCUUCCAAACUGCUGUACCCCCCCACAUGCAUUUUCUCUGCCGAUGUCGAAUAAUUGUUGCUAUCAGUAAAGAGUUUCCACUGACUCGCAUCACAAAACCCUUGGUUAACUCCCGGCUCCCUUCCACAUAUCAGCCAGUCGUUCAUUUAAAUCAAAUUUAUUGCUGUUAUUUAUGGGACCAACGCCAGACGGAUCGAGACAAUUCCCCCGUUUUCAAAAUACCAUCGCUGUGGACUCGAUGACUAUGUGUUGACAGCACAAAUGUUGGGGAUAAAGAAGGUCGGUUUUCGUCCCUUGACCUCAUCAGCGUCAACACCUUCCGUCUCCAGCUAUUUUGUUUGCCCUUUGGAGGAUUUCUUUGUGUUAGAAAUGAGAUGUUUACCUGGAAACCACAGGAGUGCUUUCAGGGCCGGCAGAAAAAGCUUUAUUCUCCACUGAAUGAGCUCACCAACAAAUAAAUUGUGUUACACAGGCGAAAUCCAUCAAAGGACUUUCCAGAAGUCUCGCUGCUGCUGCUGCGCUUCGGCAAGCGGAGGAGCUCCAAGGUCAUCAGCGAAGAUGUUUUUUGUGGCAGGGGCCAGAAAUGCCGCAGAAUCGGGAAGAGAAAACGAGAGGAGGUCGAUUUACCAGAAGUUUCGUGAGGUGGAUAUUUUGGACAAGAAGAAAACGGUGACGGCUCUCAAACCCGGAGAAGACCGAGCCAUUCUCUUUGGACUUGGGAUGAUCCUGUGUUCAAUCGUGAUGUAUUUUGUGUUGGCCCUCACCGUUUUACGCUCGUGUGCAGACAGUGUGUGGACAGAGGAAGGGAUGUGUGCUGUCAUCAACUCCACGGUCACCGGGGACAUGAACUGUACAUACAGCUGCGGGUCAGACUGCUGGAGGGUGUCCAGGUUCCCCUGUCUGCAGGUGUAUGUGAGCGUCAACAACACGGGUCGAAUCGGCCGUCUGUCGCACAACGAAGAGACGCAGGACGCUAGCUCUGAAUGUGUCUACAUCCCCCGGUGCCAAAAGGACAGCGCGGCCAUGCGCGCCGUCAUCGUCCACAUCUCCCAACACCUGAAGACCAACCAGCACGUCUCCUGCUACGACCCCAGCGAGCAGCAGGACGCGGUCCUGCUGACCCGGCUCUACGACCACAGCGCCGUCUUCCACACCCUGCUGUGGCCCUCGUGCACGCUCACGGUGGGGGCCCUCAUCAUCGUCAUGGUGAAGCUCACGCAGUAUCUCUCCAGACUUUGCGAGGAGAUAGGGAAGAUCAAGAGACUUUCCUCCCUGGCUGAGACUCUGAAAACUUCCACGGCGCUGCAGCGAGGAUGUAGCUUGUUUAGAGAAGCGGACUGGAUGUUCCUGGCCGGAAGCUGACAGACAUUGGAACUGGCUGUUCCUGACAAAACAGAGAUCUUUCUUUUGCAUGGUUUUAAAGCUUUGUAAAGCAUCCGCGAGGACGUGUUUAAUCCAAGCACUGCGUGAGACUUCAGGAAAAAAAAAGGAAAAGAAGUCCUGAGUGACCAGAGUUUUCUGCAGCUGCACUGAGCGUAGGAUAACAAUGUGCUGCCGCUCCCCCCACCUGUUUCUUUGCUCUGCCACUCGAGCGUUGAAGCUAAAGGAGUCCCACCCAUCACUCAUUCAGACAAGAGACAGAUUGAGACUGAAAGCUUUUUAAAGUGAAGAUGUGUUGUUUUUCACUCAAGGUUAUCCUCAGAACCUCAUUUCAGGAUAUUCCUACUUGAAGGCCCUGACUUGUAGGAGAGUAAAAUAUUAAAGUAUCUUUGAGGAACUUCCUGAUGGUUUCCUUUGCAUCCAAGUAGGACACAAAGUAGAUGAGAGAAAAUAACUUUAAAUCACUGACCUGACCUGACCUGACCUGCGCUAGCCUGCCUCAACGGGACAGUGUUUAUAAAACGCGCCGUUGUAGACGCUUUUUUCGGGUUUUCAAUUGAACAAAACUAAAAGUAUUUAAACAACAACAGAUUAUUGGAUUUUUACUCUCAUUUUGCUGUGUUUGUCAUCAUUUCUGCUGCUCUUUCUUAAUGUCUUUGCUACUCAUUUCAAUCAUCCAGAUGGAUUAGGACUAGGGAUGCAACGAUAUAAAAAUUGGUACCGAUUCCGAUAUUAUUAUUGAUGUCAUGGCCGACAUGAGAUUUUUAUUUUUUUUAAUCUGUAUGUCAGGAGGCCUGCUUGUGCCCCUUAGCAAUAAUUUUUAGCU